AACGUUAGGUCAUAUAAGCACUUAAAUUGGCCGCGGCUGCCCGGUUAGGGCUAACGUUGGGCACGCCUAUGUGGGGUAGCUGCUCGGGGGUUGCAGGACAGUAUGCGCGGGCCCUGGAGGAGGCAUCAACACUUGGAGGAGAGGGGGUAUUUUUAGCAACCGACGAAAAGGCCAGCGCCUGCCAGCAAGCCAUGUGUGUUUGCAGGGUGAUUCAGGAUGGUGGACCAGCCUCUGUGGGAGCAGAUAGGAUCCAGCUUUGUACAGCACUACUAUCAGAUGUUUGACUCUGACAGAUCACAACUCGGGUCGAUAUACAUCGAUGCAUCAUGCCUUACAUGGGAAGGACAGCAGUUCCAGGGAAAAAGGGCAAUUGUUGAGAAACUCACUAGUCUCCCCUUCACAAAAAUAGCGCAUAGUAUAACGGCGCAGGACCACCAGCCAACUCCAGACUGCUGCAUCUUGAGUAUGGUUGUAGGUCAACUAAAAGCAGAUGAUGACCCCAUCAUGGGUUUCCAUCAGAGUUUCAUCUUGAAGAACAUUAAUGACGCUUGGGUGUGCACCAAUGACAUGUUCAGGCUGGCCAUUCACAACUUUGGCUAACCACCUCCCCGCUCUGGUGGGCAGGGGCGACUAUAGUGAAGGGCACCAUGUGAGGAGGUAUGGAGGGAGGGGAGGAGGAGUUAAGGAUGAAGACAACGCUCAUCCCUCCCUCCUGCUUUUUCAUUUACGCCUGUUUUGAGAAACGAGCAAACACCGGAUUCUAGAUGUCAAUCACUGAACCUCAUCCAGGUGGGUUUUCAGACCACCCAGCCAGUAGAACUGCAAUGUGUUUCUUUGCUGAGAGCCGGCCGACCAAUCAGAUGCCCCUGUCUGCCACUCUGCUGAUCUGCAUGAUGCUGGGAGCCCCUUCAUUACAAUAUCUACACUCAAGCCACCAGAAAGACAAACAGCUAAUGCCGACGCCAUUAACUCAUACUCAUCUCUGUUCUGUACUGCUCUUUAUUCUAGUCUAACUCAUUUUACUUUAAUGAUGACUCCAUUGUUGUCAACUCGGUUCUAUUAGCACUGCUGUUGACUGGUUUGUAGGUCCUUGUUCAGGUGUAGUCAGUCUCUUCAGUUCUGGCUUCUUGUGUUGUAAUUUGCUCACUAGAUGCCAUUUGUGUGACUUUAGCUUGUCUUAGUGUGUUCAACUGCAUUUUAUCUUCCUUUUACAUAAUUGUUAGCCCUGCCAUGAUUCAUUCUCAUGUCAGGUUUUGCUCUUGCAAACCAAAGAAUCAUGGAGAACAUAAAGUUCCACCUUGCUUUGUGAUCGAUUUGGAUCUGUCAUAAGAUCUCUAUCUCGCUGUCCCUGUCUUCGUUUUUUUUCUUUCACACGUUUGGCAGUUUAACAUGGACUACAGCCACGAUACACAAUAAAACCUGGACUUUUUUCUUAA